GGAAUUUCUUAGAUCCCACAUAUUGAAUCAAAUUCAGAAUGCAGAGGUUGGUCUUAAUUAUUACUAAACUGAUUGAAAUUCAUUAGAGGAUCUAGGACAUUACAGAGAAGUGAAGUACUUUUCGGAUGGAAGAAUAGGUGACACUAGGUUAGAAUGAUCACUCUGGGGUUCGUAUCUCUUGGAUAAGGCAUAAUAAUUCAUUGUAAUGGACUGAGGAUGAUAGAAAUCAAGGUUUGGAUUGUUUUUAUGGGGUUUUUUAGUCGACCUAUGAAUAAGAAUUUUUUUAUACAGAUGACACAAUUUCGUCUCUCACUUCUAAAAAAGAGGAAACUUCAUAACUAGAAUAUUUAGACCAGUCUCCUCACGAAACUCUAUGAAUAAUGACUAACAAAGACUCGUCCCUCUAACCUGAAUCCUUUUAACUUUGCGUGAUGCACGGUUAUAAUCUCAAUAAUGUAGGAAAAAAUUAUUCAUUGUUGUUCCAGUUUUGGGCCUACUUUCAUUGCCGAUAAUAUACCUAUUCCGAAAACUUUUUCACAGUUCAUAUUUUGUAAUGAUUUUUCAUGAUUUGUGAAACUUGAUGGUAAACCGAUGACAGCAUACGACGAUAAAUCCAUAUCGUUACUAGAGAGGAAAAAGAGGCAGUGGGCACAAGAAAAAGACGAACUGGAUAACCUUUGGGCGCCUUGGGAACACAGAACGUCCAAUCACUGGCCACUUUCUUCGAGAGGCCAACACACUAAAAUUUCAAACGCUGCAAUUCACUCUCUGAGCCACAGAGAAUCAUACUCUUCUCAAAACUCGCACAGAAAAAAUAGCCUACCUCCACUGCCACAAAACCAAUCGAUUUCAAAAGAUAGAUACGAAAAAGGGGGUGAAACGUCAGGAUAUGCAAGCGACAACCCUAUUUCAUCAGGAUACCUUCCCCUCACGCAUUGGAGCCACCAAAACAACCCCCAAUCUGGUUACGAGUCAGCUUCGAGUAGGGAUGAUAGGCCCAGAUGGAAAAAUAAAGGGAUGACAUCUGACUGGGAUAAGAAAGAAACCAGUAAGGAGGGAGUGAGCACCAAUGAGCCUCCAAAUUGGUUGAAACGAGGGUUAGAACAGGAUGGUCACAUAGAAGUCACCAACUCUUCACCAUCAGAAUCUCCAGAACAAGACUACAUCGAACAAGAUCGACCUUUUACAGGUUCUAGCUCAGUUAGAAGCAGGACUUACAUCCGGGGACAAAACAUCCGACUUGACUCUAUAGAAUUGGCAGAGAGAGAAAGAAAACGAGAAUUAGCCUUACAACACCAAGAAGCAAUCCGUAAACAAUUGGAAGAAAGAGAAAGAAAGAGGUCAGAAGAACGAAGACGUAAGAUUCAAGAGGAGUAUGAAGAAGAACAGCGAAUAGCCAAAGAGCAAGAACUGGAAAGACAACGCUAUGAACAAGAACAAAAAUUCCUCCAGGAAAAACAUGAAAAAGAAGAGAAGAGAAAGGAAGCGAUGAAAGAAGCCAUCGAGCUGGCGGAGAAAGAAGCUAAACUCCAGAAAAUGAAACUCAAAUUGAUGAAACAACGAAACGAUGUCAAUAUCAACAACGAACAUAAGGAUCACUAUUCGAAUGACAUUCCAACUAAAGAAUGCAACAAUGAUAAAAAUUUCGAUCCCAAAAAAGAAAAGAGUAACCUAACGCCUAGAAGUAUAUCGAUACGAAAACAAGUCGAAGAGAACAAAGAAAAUUUGAAUAACACACAACCAGCGAAAAGUGAUAACCGUACGACAGAAAUCUGCAUCAAGAAUAAUCUAGAAACGGAACAUUGUGCCAAAGAUAAUCAAAACAAUCUUAAUGAUAACGUGAAAAGUUUUUCUAAGACUUCACAAUGUCAGAAGAACGAACCUGUGGCCUUAGUUAUACCCUCUAAUUUCGAAACCUUGCAACACUUUCAAUACGCUGUUCUUAUGUCGAUACCAUCCAGUAGCUCAGUUCCUGUAGCAAUCCCUUUGGCUGUACCAGCUGAAACCACGCAAUUUACUACGGUAACAACAGCUAGGACUGAAAACAGGAUACUCACGCCUACUCAGUAUAGACAGAAAAAUAAGAUGAUGUGUGAUAGCAGUACACAAACUGAAGACUUAAGGGUUGAUAAAUCUUCCAGGGACAAGAACACCAACAUGGAAGCCGUUUACGAGAGUCGAAGUAGAAAAGGAAGAAGCAGUAGUAGAAAUGAGAAUGUUUCUGAUAGACCCAAGUGGGGGGCUAACAGGCCACCUACAAGAUACAUGAAGCAAAGUGAGAAAGACCUGGUUUAUCAGAGGAAGAAAUUGAGACAGAAGAACGAAGAAAACCUUUAUGACGAUAAAAACUCUAGUGACGAAAGUCAAAUGGUGACUCCAAGAUAUAGGAAGAGAGGUCACUUGGAGAAAAGACAUUCAAGACCUUUGUGGAGGAAACACUUGUCUGAAGAUGUUUUCCGUAGAGACAUCAGGAUGUACCAAAGUGAAAUCAUCCCCAUAGCAGCGGAUAAAGACAAUGUUUGCUUCGAGCAUAGAUGCUGCUGCAAGUGUAGAUGUGCAGGAAGAUACGCAAUAGAGCCUAGAGUUGAUAUUCUAACCGUCAAUCACGAUAGCACAAAAGAACAGACCACGACAACAUCAAACUCAAUCGAAGACAGGAAUGGAACUUCAGAGGAGCUGCCACCUUUACAGAACGUAAUAGUGGAUUGAAAAGUCGUAUCUGACUUGGCAUGUUUUCAAUUAUUAUUUUAAUUUUAAACUGAUGAGCGGGAGCAAUAUUAAAAAUGUAUGUUUUAUGGUUUUUCCCUUGAAUAAAGUACCUUGUUUCGAUGUAGGACGAUCUGACCAUG